AUGCGCCUUCGUUUCGAUGCACUAACAUGGUUUGACUAUGUUCUCCCGACAUAUAACGUGCAAGCUGAAGAUCGUGCAUCAAUCGGAAGUAAGUAUGUAAGCCAGUGUAUUACGGAGAAACAUAAGAAGGAUGGUAAUCGGCGCCCCCUCAACUGUAAAGAUCGAUAUCCUCCUACAACAAUAAAAGAAAAUACUUGUUUAAAGAAGCAAUGUGACUGCUUAAGGGUUCACAUACCUGCAUCGUGUGAAGGGGUCAUUAAUUGCAUCAAUGGCAAUCGUGUUGGUUGUGGACAAUAUUUUGACCGAUGUACAUCUAUUUACUCAUUUUUGGUAGCAGACAAGCAGUUCAUGCUUCAUUCACGCUCAGAAUCAACACGUGAUAUUAUUCUCUUUCCUGUUAAUCAUAAAAAUAAUGAAGCAUUCGCCACUGAGGGAAGCACUUGGGAAGUGAUCGCCAAGGUUGAAAAAGAGUUGCGUAAUUGUAUAUCAAAAAUUAAAGGUGAACAAAUUACUACAAGUCUAAUAGAGUCCGUUUUCUUCAAUUUCGGUAGUUGGACGACAGUGAUGAGCAAAAACAAGCUUGCUAAAACUGCUCAUGCUCAUGUUCACCUGGUUUUGACAGCUGAUGCUAUUUCAAUUUUGUCUUCAAGUGAAAUACGCUUGAAGGGAGAAAACAAAGAUAAUCGUUACGUAUUAAAUUUGACUGGUUGCUACCGAGAUCCAACAGACUACGAAUACAGUGACGCGAUAACCCUUCAGAAUAGUCGGCUUUUUUACUAUCAUAUCAAGGAAACUGAAAAGUGCAUUCGUGACAUUAAGACUGAUUUACAUUAUUUGAAAGAAAAUAUUGUGACAAAAAACGACCUUCAAAACUUAUUCAAGGGUAUUUUUACGGAUGAUCUAUUAGCUAGUUUGAAUGCCAGAAAUUCUCCAUCUUCUGAUUUAUCAAACAAUCCAACACUCACAACUGUUUCGUCCUUCUUACAUGGCAGCGAUCAUCUAGAAUCACCACCAGAAACUACAGCAGAUAUAACUUCAUCGCAACAAACAGUAUCUACUGCUAACAGCAACAAUACAGCACCAUUGAAACUAUCACGAGGACAGAAAAAAGAGGCAAAUAAGAAAAAAAAACUACAGAAAGGCUAA